AUGGCUCCUGUGGACAACAUCUCCGUCACCAGCCUUGAAAAUGAGCCGGCCUGGGGUUCUCACGAUAUUGAUGAUCCGAACAAUAUCGAUCAGAUUUUCUCUGCUAUGGAAGCAUUCCUGGCUAAGAACUCUAUUGGCGGUAGGCUCCAAUUUGAGCUGGAUGGGCACAACCACAACGUCUCCCAGAUACCGCAGCGCCUCGUCCAGCAAGACGAGCCCUCCAAGUCAGACAUUGUUGUGCGGUUCGAAUCCAUCGAGCAUUUCAAAACGAUCCACAAGCAGGCGUCUGAGUAUGAGGAUGCCCUCGAGACGAAGGAUGUCGAUGAUUUCAACAAGGAAGGCAACUCUUUCAAGGCUUGGCCCCUUAUUUCCAUCCCCGAAGGCGACGACAUCACGACUUGGAUGAUUCUGGUUGAACCGAGACAGAUUAUUGAGGCCCGCAUUCCCAAUGUCGGAGAGAGCUGUUUGCUCCGUCUUGUCAACCCAAAUUCGGAUGAAGGUGUCUCGGCCUGGUGGAACGCGCGGCGUGCUCAGAACAACUUUGCCGAGGUCAACAAGGGCAAAGAGUCCUGGUCCAAGCUCAUUGUCUUCAACGUCAGGCUUGUCAAGUCAGAGGACGAGUCCAACUGCGUGAUUCAUGCUCUGAUUCCCAGUGACGGCAAACAACAUGAAAAUCUCGAAAAGCUGGAACUUACCAAGGACAACGCAGUCAGCGUUGGCCUGUUCUUCAUCAAGUCGGAUGCCACAUUCGAGGCCGAAAUGAAAUCGUUGAGCAAGCUUGUUAAAGCGUCGAACAUUCCUCCCGUCACCCCACUGGCCACAAUCAAUCGUGACGCAGAGUCCGAGCAGGUCACAAAGGUUGGUGACUGGCUGGACUUGGCCCCAGAGCUCCUUCCCGAGCAAAAACCAAUUGUCGUCAAGAAGCCGACCAAUCCUCGCGCAGUGCAGGCACAGCAAGUUGAAGCGUUCAAGUACCUCCUGGAUUUCCACGAUCCCGAGUCCUUUGUCAAUAUCUUUGACAUCUACCCUCAUAUGCGCGAGCCUAACCGGCCUGGCCUGGGCAUUCCUUCAGCCAUUCUCAAGAAAUAUGCUCGAAUGAACGAGCAUCAACGGAACGCCUACAAUGGCCUGCUUUCGAAGAUGCCCUACGGCAUCGCCAUGCUUCCUGGUGGCCCCGGUGGCGGCAAGACAGACUGGGUCAUGACUGUCAUUGGCUUGAUGCAGAGCAAGUCCCGUGCCAAGGUCCUUUACCUCCUUGACAUCAAUGGUCCACUGGACGAUGCAACCGCAAAAUACAUCUGGCUGAUGCAGAACGCUGGGCUCCCGAAACGAGCGAUUCGGAUGAAAAAUUUCGGCACCGAGUUCAAGCGCAGUGUUCGAGUUGGAGCCAUGGAUACCCGUACCAAAGGCAGCGAAGAACCAGAAGUGGACUUUUCGAGAAACUUUUUGAGCUUGUACACUCAACACGCGGCGGGUACGGCCCCAGAUCCAACACGCACCCGCCACCAGCAUAUUCUCCCGAGCCUCGACGAAGCAGCCUGGGAACAUUACGACAAGCACCGCGAUGAAUUUGAGACACUCACCGAUGCCAUUGCGACCUGCAAUGGCAGUCCGCUCCAGAACCGCCAGCUUCGGCGCGAAAUUUACGUCCUCUACUCGGCUGUUCUCCGCCUGGCAGAUUUCAUCGCCACCACGCCUUGUGUUGCGGCAUCCGCCUUCAGUCGCAUGUUUAUUCCCGACCUGGUUGUUUUUGAUGAGGCGGCACACGCGCGCGAGUUGUCCACGCUGAUUUCUAUUGCCAAUUUCUGCCCCAAGGCUGGUUGGAUUUUCAUUGGCGACCACCGCCAGACUCAGCCGACGGUGAAAAGCAACAACACCAACCCUCAUGGCCGGCAGCUUGCAACCUCGGCCAUGGAGCGCGCUUACCUCGCUGGUGUGUUGAAUCACCAACUGCUCAUCAAUCACCGCGCAUUUGGACGACUAGAGCGCUUGCCAUCGAAGCUCAUCUAUGGCGGCAAGAUGGUUUCUGGAAUCCCGCACAUGGACCGCUUUCCCCGGUGGGCGAAGUUUGUCCGCGGCUACCUUGAUGGCCUCGCUGGUCUUCGCUGUAGCACCCCUCGUCUGAUUGUGCACCUCAAUGGUGUUGGCCGUCCCACGAAGGUUGGCACAAGCUGGUUCCACCAACAACACAUGCAAUGGACCAUGGAAAGAGUGUGGGAGCUGAUCAACAACCCCCGUUUCCGCAGCGCAGAAAAUGAAGCCAACAAGGGUACUAUCCUGCUCCUCGCCCCAUACAAGGCUGCAGUCACAAAGUACCAGGAAGCGAUUGAAGCGCUCGCCAAGGCCCAUCCGAAUCAUCGCAUUCCCCAGCGUGUUGAAGCUCGCACAUGGGACAGCUCUCAGGGCCACGAGGCCGACAUAGUCGCCAUCGACUAUGUUCGCGAGUAUCCGACUGGCUUCAUGGACGGCAUGUACCGUUUCAAUGUUGGCCUGACUCGCGCGCGCCAGGGCGAAUGGCACCUUAUGCAUCCAAAUAUGCCAAAGGCCGAGACAUUCCAAAAGACAAACUAUCUCCGCAAGCUGUACAGCGCUUGCGAGAAAGGACUAGAUGGCCUGGGUGAAGGGCGCAUCGCCAACAUCACCUGGGGUGCUCAGCCGAUUGCAAUUGUGCAUGACGUGCCUGAUAAGGUGCUGGUCAAGGAAGAGGCUGUCAAGAAUGCGCCCACCAAGCACGAGAUCGUCAAGGGAGAGAACACCAAGGAUGAUUCUGCAGGGGAACCGUCCGGCGAGGAGCUACCUGCGCAAGACUUUGACGCUCCAGUCCUCGUUCUGUCCGACAUCGAGCCCGAAGAGGACGGCAAUGAGAUGCCCAAGACACCGCACUUUGGGUACACGCAUUCUUCGGCCGCAAAUUCGCAGGCGUCGCUGAGGCAGGAGACGACCACUGUUGUGGUUGAUGGACAUAAGUUGGACCUUGGCUGUGAGUUGCCUGUCAACUACGACAACAUCGUGUGGUAG